UGAUCUCCGUCUUCCCUCUUUGUUUAAACUUUCACUCUCGCCCUCUCUCUCCCGAGAGGUUUCUUUCUUCUUUGUUUUAUUUUUUUUUUCCUUUUUUUUCUUUCUUUCUUUCAUUUUUUCUUUUUAUUUUCCUUCAUUUUAUUUUCGUUUUCUUAAUUUUGUCUUUAAUUUUCUUUCAAAUUUUCUCUUCUCCUUUCUGCAUCAUCUCCUUCCUCAAUUCCUGCUCGAAACCCUAAUCCCCACAACCCUAGAAGAAGAUGCAGCAGCAACAAAGGCUAAAGCAACAGCAGGCCAUGAUGAUGCAGCAGUCUCUGUAUCCCCAUCCCUCUCUACUCGCUGCACCUCAGAUAGAGCCCAUCCUAAGUGGAAAUCUGCCUCCUGGGUUUGAUUCGAGUGCAUGCCGCAGCGUGUAUGUAGGAAACAUUCACCCGCAGGUUACAGAGCCCUUACUCCAAGAAGUUUUCUUAAGUACCGGUCCUAUUGAAGGAUGCAAAUUUAUUAGGAAAGAUAAGUCAUCUUAUGGUUUUAUAGACUAUUUUGAUCGCCGAUCUGCUGCCCUUGCAAUUGUGACUCUUAAUGGGAGGCAACUAUUUGGCCAGCCUAUUAAAGUCAAUUGGGCCUAUGCUAGUAGUCAGAGGGAGGAUACAUCAGGCCAUUUCAAUAUUUUUGUUGGUGAUCUUAGCCCCGAAGUUACAGACGCUACUUUGUUUGCAUGCUUCUCCAUCUACUCUAGUUGUUCAGAUGCAAGGGUCAUGUGGGAUCAAAAGACUGGACGAUCAAGGGGCUUUGGAUUUGUUUCUUUCAGGAACCAGCAGGACGCCCAAAGUGCAAUAAAUGACUUAAAUGGGAAGUGGCUGGGAAGUAGGCAGAUUCGUUGCAACUGGGCUACUAAAGGAGCUAAUUCAAAUGAUGACAAGCAGAGUUCUGAUGCAAAAAGUGUUGUAGAGCUACCCAUUGGUAAUGGUUCAUCUGAUGAUGGUCAAGAGAAGACUAAUGAUGAUGCUCCAGAGAAUAACCCUCAGUAUACCACGGUUUAUGUUGGGAAUCUCGCAUCUGAGGUUACUACAGGUGACCUCCACAGGCAUUUCCAUGCCAUUGGUGCUGGAACUAUUGAAGAUGUUCGUGUGCAACGAGAUAAGGGUUUUGGGUUUGUGAGAUACAGUACACAUGCUGAAGCAGCUCUUGCUAUUCAGAUAGGAAAUGCUCGCAUUCUCUGUAGUAAACCUGUUAAGUGUUCGUGGGGUAGCAAACCAACCCCACCAGGAACAAGCUCUGCCCCUCUUCCCCCACCAGCUCCAGCAUACAUGCCAGGUCUUUCAUCCACUGACCUUGCUGCCUACCAACGACAAAUGACAAUAAGUAAACUUGGCAGCACUCAGACCCUGAUGCAUCCGCAGGGUCAGCUUGCCCUUAAGCACGCAGGUAUGGGAUCAGGUGCUGCUGGACUUGGCCAGGCAAUCUAUGACGGUGGAUUCCAGAACGUUGCAACAACCCAGCAGCUAAUGUAUUACCAGUAAUCAUGGGAUUAGAUCGCCCCUCUAUAACUUUCCAAGGAGGAGUAAUAUAUUCUAUGGAGAUUGUAGGAUGAUGCUCGUCAAGUUCUAUUUUCCUUCUCCCCGUUUUUUCCUUUGUCUGUUUCAUACAUGCCUUGGAUGGUAGUUAUCUUUUGCCAGGGUACUCUGAUUAUAUCAACCCUCUCUGCUGUCUCAAUCACUUUAGUGUGUGGAAUCAAGGAUAAUUAUGAAUGAAGUAAUUUCGGUUCUAUUUAAUGUGGUUGUAGUUUUUGUAAUAUAUAUUUUUUUAUUUUUCCAAGAUUCGCAACUUUUUUUGUGAUUUUAAAUACAUUAUCCUUUUUAUA